GCCUCUCUCUCUCGCCGGGCGAUCGACACCAGCUCAGCAUCUCCGUCUUACCGCCUGCUGCUUCUUCUCCCAGGGAAUAAACUCUCGACAGGUUUUCUUCUGAGACGUCUGCAGGAGAAACAGCCAGUGCAGAAAUGUUUCAGCCUCCUGCUCUGCUCCCUCUGACAGGUCUUUUCUUCCUGUUCUCGUCCAUGUUCACCUCAGGAUCCAGUGUUCCUUUCCCGGUGUCAUGUGUGACUCGUGGUGCCGACCUGACGCAGGACGUCAUGGUGGUUUUGUGUCCUCCAGACUGUCCUCAGUGGAGACUGUCUGUGUUUGGGACGGGGGUUUACGCCACCGUCUCGUCCGUCUGUGGAGCUGCUGUACACAGGGGCCUGGUGGGCUCGUCUGGGGGCCCCGUCAGGGUUCAAAAGCUGCAGGGACGACACAAUUACCUGAGCUCAUACGCCCACGGCAUCCACUCACAAGCCCUGUCCCACUGGACCUCGUCCUUCAGCCUCUCCAAGCCUGUAAAUGUUCCACAGGAGCUAACUGGUGAUACCAGUACAACUCCUCUGCCUGCGGCUGCACAAGCAACAAAGAAGCCUCUGAAGAAGCCGUCAGUGAAGAAAGCUCUGGCAGGUGGAAAUAAAGACUGUCAGAUGGACAUCGCCAUGGUGAUCGACAGCAGUAAUAACAUCGGGAGGCGGAGAUUCAACCUGCAGAAGAACUUUGUUGCCAAACUUGCGGCCAUGUUGAGAGUCGGACCGACUGGACCUCACGUUGGUCUGAUACAGUCCAGUGACUCCCCCAGGACUGAGUUCCUGUUGACCAACUACACUCAACCUAAGGAGCUGCUGUUCGCCAUCAAGGAGCUGGGUUACAUGGGAGGAGACACCAACACAGGUAAAGCCAUCAUGCACACAGCGGAGCACUUCUUCUCCCAGGAGAACGGGGCGAGGCGUGGUCACCCCCGGGUGAUGAUGGUGCUGAUAGACGGCUGGCCAUCUGACGACCUGGAGCAGGCGGCCAUGUUGGCCAGAGAGUCGGGCAUCAACGUCUUCCUGGUGUCCGUGGCCAAACCGGCGCCCGAGGAGCUGGGGAUGGUGCGGGACAAAGACUUCACGAAGAAGGCGGUUUGUAAAGACAACGGUUUCUUCAGCUACUCCAUCCCCAGCUGGUUCAGCACCACCAAACAUGUCCGACCGCUCACUCAGAGACUCUGCUCUCUGGACGGCCUCCUCUGCAGUAAAACUUGCUACAACUCUGUGAACAUCGGUUUCCUCAUCGACGGCUCGUCCAGCGUCGGUGACGGAAACUUCCGGCUGGUCCUGGACUUCUUGGCAGGAAUCGCCAGGAGCUUUGACAUCUCGGACGUUGGAGCUCGAAUCGGUGCGGUGCAGUUCACCUACGACCAGAGGCUGGAGUUCGGCCUUGCAGAUCAUCCCAACAAAGAGGACGCCAUCAGCGCUCUGAGGAGGAUCUCGUACAUGAGCGGAGGAACGUCGACCGGAUCGGCCAUCAGCUACACCGCCCAGAACCUGUUCAGACGAACUGGACCUGGUCGCAAUUUCCUCAUCGUGGUGACGGACGGACAAUCGUACGACGACGUCAGAGAUCCAGCGCUGGCUGCUCAGAAACAAGGCAUCACCAUCUUCUCAGUGGGCGUGGCCUGGGCGCCCCUGGAUGACCUCAGAGCGAUGUCAUCGGAGCCGAAGGACAGUCACACCUUCUUCACCCGAGAGUUCACCGGCCUGGGAGAGUUCAUCCCGGCUCUGGUCCGAGGAAUCUGCCGAGACUUCACCGAGAGAAACUGAGGACGGGCUUCGUCUUUCUGUCUCUGUGAGGACGUUUACUGCUAGAACACACACAUCACACACACAUCACACACACAUCACACACUCAUCACACUCCUGUUACCUUCUAAUUUAAUUUACCAACACUUUUUUAUCAUUGGUGUCAAUUUAAACCUCCAAAAUAUGAUUAGAAGUUUAUGUGUUUAUGUGUUUACUAAACAGCUCUUUGACAUUCAAUUGGGAAGAGAUGUGUUUAAGUGGCUUUAUAUCAUUUCUUUUUUCUUCUUUUUUAUUGUUUUUAUUGUUUUUCAAGUACAAGCAGAAAAAUAUAGAACAGAACCAGAAGCUUCAAAUACCUGCAUGGACCCAGACAAAUGAAAGAGCUCCACACAGAACAGAACAGAUUUUCUGUGUCGAUUUGCCAAAAAGAAAUGUUGGAUUAGUGUUGGUAAAACAGGUUUUCACUGCGGAAAAACACGUAAAUAAAACAAAAUAUAUUCCUCCGAACAGAACAAAAAGGUUUCUGCUUCCUGUUUACAGAAGAAAAUGGAGAAAACUAAUUUUCAGUGUAUUUUGCGAAAAAAAAAAAAGAACAAAAUAUAUAAAGCCUUUCAGGAGACUUUAUAUCACGUCUAAGUUCAUAUUCUUCUUAUCUGUAAUAUUUGACACAAAAACUAUUGUGAAGAAUAAUGACGUAAAUUAUGUCGGGAUCAGUGUCUCCAUUAAAUUAGGAAAAGUCUCUGAAAGACUGAGAGGAAUUAUUUUCUCAACAACGUGAGUUUUAUGGAAAUUUUUUCAGAUUUGGAACAAAAAAAGCACAUCCAGUGACUUGCCACUUCAUUAGGUACAUUAGGUAAGUCUAAUCUAAAAGGUGGUGAUUGACCAGGAGGAUGGAGGUUAAACUGGAUGAUUUGAUAAAUAUUUUAGGACCUCACGAUACGAUACGUAUCACGAUACUUAUAUACUGCGAUAUAUUGAAAUAUUACACAUAGUUCACUGAUAAAUUUUAAAUGCAGCUUAAAUGUGAUAAUUUAUUGCACAAACUGAGUCAAAAAACAAUAAAAAACCAUAUGAUCCAUUUCCAAAUAAUUCCGCUUGGAGUCGAUCACGAUUGAAGGAAAAAUACCGAUUUGUUGCCACAUGGAUAUUUUUUCCCAACACUAGUCGAGUAAUUUUAGAAAAUGAAAACCCAGUAGAAUCAGACAUUAGAAACUACAGCUGAAUAUUAAGAUGGUUCCUCUGGUGUACCUAAUAAAGUGGCCAGGGAGUGAACAUAUGUGUGAUUAUCAGAAACAGGAGAACGUGUCCUCACAGAGAUGGAAGUUCAGGCCCGAACUCUCUGUAUAUAGACUGUAAACAUCAGCAGUGAAACCUGGAACAUGUACAGAAAACACUUCAUUAUCUCACUCUUCUACUUCUUGUGGUUGUUUCUUUUUUUUCUUUUUUUUGUGUUUGUUAAUGAGCUUUUAGGAAAUAAAAAUAAAAAUGAAUAAACAUCUAAUAAAUACACAAAUCAAACAUUAGAAAACGUUAGAACAGGGUUUUAAAUCAAUCUGCAUUUAGAAUCAUCUAUUUAACUGUGUCUGAGACGGUGAAAUACUUUACAUCUAUAUCAAGUAUUUAAUAACGUUUUAAUUAGAUUUAAAGACUGAAUUUUUCUCAUCUGAUGAAAAAACAAAGCAAAAAAAAGAGUUGGUGUCAUUUUCUGAAUUUAGUUGUAAUUAAAAAGUCUGCAGCAGAAAUGUUAUAAUAGAAUAACAACUAUAAACAAAGAGAUUUCUGGUUAAAAAUUAGACACUUAAAACUGAUUUCACAUUUUCUAACAAAUUAAGUGAAUUUAAGAAUUUUAAUCUCAAAUAAAAACAAAAUCUAUUUACACCAGCAAACGGCAAAAUCUGAGUCAGUGGACGAUUUCAGAGCCUCAUUCAGAAGUUGCCUUAGAAAUUUGCUGUUUUAAGUUCAUCUCAGCAUCGUGGUCAUCGGUGACAUUAAUCUGAAUAUAUUUUAAAUAAAUUACAAAGAGGAGUUUCAGGCAGAUGAUUCGGUUUAUAAAGUCAGACUAGAACUCUGAGUCUCUGUGUUAGAGGCUGGUUUCAUGUGUGAACACGGAGGAAACAUGAACCUCGUUCUUGUUCUCGUAUAAUCAGCUCAGUGGUAGAACGUGAUUCGUCAAUUUGAAGUUUUCUUCUCUAAAAUAUUAAAUCAGCUCAUUUAAAGUUUUUGUGCUUCACGUUUAAUUAAAUCUGAUUUUUUUUCAUAGAUUAUUAUGAAUCGAGACUAAACUGUUGAAUAUGUUUGAUUCUCACUUUUUACUUUAUUUCUUUACAAUACUUAUAUAUUUUUUUGUAGUUGGUAAUUAAAAUGUUUGCAGGAUGUUUUUUUUUUAUUAUUAUUUUUUCUUCUCUGUAAAUGAAACAUUUAAACAUCUGAUGAGUGUUGACUCCUGUUCUGUUUCUGUAUUUAUUUCCUGUUUCCCAAUAAAGAAUAGUUGGUUUUUAAA